AUGUCAUCGUCGUCAGUCUCUGAUGGAAUUCUCAGCUUUGCUAUACAAUACUCGAUUUAUAGUGGUUUUAUUUUAUUUAGUUUUGGAGUUAUUGGUAAUACGUUGAACCUUCUCGUUUUUACUCAAUUGAAACAAUUUCGAACUAAUCGAUGUGCAUUCUAUAUAACCAUUGAAUCAAUUUCCAACUUCAUUUAUCAGUUUUUCUCCAUUAGUCUAACUAUUUUAACAUCAAUAUAUGGAGAUGAUGCAACAGGACGUUUUCUCAUUUGGUGUAAACUCAGAUAUAUAUUGGGACAGACAUGUGCGCUCACUACUCUUUCUAUGAUAUGUUUCACUGCCGUUGAUCAAUUCUUUUCAACAAAUCAUCAUUUCCAUUUAAGACAAAUGUGCACAUUGAAAUUAGGUCGAUAUCUUUCGUUUAUAUUCAUUUGUUUUGCAGUCACUCAUAGCAUUGCGCUUGGGUCUUCUUAUGGUAUUCAGCCAACAUUGGGAUGUAUUAUAUCGGAUCAUACAUGGAUUCAGUACUCAACAUAUUUCUUUUAUCCAGUUUUAUCUGGGUUUCUCCCUAUUGUCAUUGCAUCAUCAUUUAGUAUCUUAGCUUAUCAUAAUGUUCGGCAUAUAGUUCGACGACAAUUACCGAUUGUUCGUCGUAAAUUAGACAAACAAAUCACAGCAAUGGUUCUUAUGCGUGUAAUUGCCUUUGUUUGUUUGGUAUUACCUUAUAAUGCUUAUCGUAUCUAUGCGACUAAUUUUCCUACAUCACGAAGUGUGCCUAUGACAUAUGCAGUUGGUCGAUUGCUUCAAGCAAUUCUUCUGUCUAUCAACAAUAUAAAUUUUGUUAUCAGCUUUUAUACUUUCAUAUUGUUCUCGUCACGUUUUCGUCGCCAAGCAAAACUUGUUUUAAUAAAAAGAUGUUGGGAACGAUGGAAAUACUGGUGUUGUCACAUAAAUAAUCAAAUUGAACCUGACAACAAUAUUGAAGCACGUAAUUCACAAAUAGAAUCUGAAGAAAACAUCUAA